AUUAAAGUUUUGUUUAAAAAUUGUAUGGAUGUUACAUCGGAUAAAUUUGGUUAGGAUAUAUAUCUCACUGUUUCAGAAUGGAAAGAUGCAAUGUGGAACGGUGAUAUAUCAGUAAACUAUUCAUCUUCGUCUUAAAUGAAAUGAGCCAUAUCUAGCAACAAUGAUCGGGCGCGAAUAUCUCACCGUUGCCAUGGUGGCCGUCCUGGUAGUUACGUCUACCCGCGUGCAAUCUGCUGAAGAGGUCACAAAUAACGUGACGUUUACGUACAGAACCACGGGAGAGGGAAACGUCAGCUUGACGUACCCUAGAAACGAGGCGUCAGAAUGCAUUUUUGACAAACGUAUCGGAACACUCACUUGCACGGACAACAAGUCUUUCAAUAACACAACACGGGUUUGGAAUAACGAGCCUGCCUCAAUAAAGUAUAUAAAGAUCAACUGUAAACUAGACGGUGCCUAUAUGAAGCAGUGUUACUGUAUAAAUGGAACUACAGGGUUCCGACCAUGCCAUUUACGGAGGCUGGACCUCGGAGUUCUGGUCAAUCUAACUAACCUAGAAGUGCUUGACCUCUCGUACAAUCGCUUGGACACCAUUCAAACUGAAGCUUUGCAAGGUUUACGUAAUCUCAAGUUCGUUUCAUUUCGGUUCAACUAUUUGAAAGCCUUCCCUACAGGAUUAUUCUGUCCCUCACCAGUGCUUAAAUAUUUGGAUAUCGGCAGCAACCCCUUGAAAAGUUACCCGUAUGGAAGCAUGUUAUGUAAAACCGACUUGGAAAUCAAAGUACUCGAAGUGCGGAAUAGUACGCUGGACAGAAUACCGGACAACGCGUUAAAGAAUCUCACCUCGCUGGAGCGAUUUGAUUUAAGUUUUAAUCCAAUAACAAGCGUAACAAAACGAGCGUUUGAUGGUGGAAAAUCUCUUACAGAGUUAGAUCUUUCAGACUGUGAUAUUUCUGACUUGUUUCCGUAUUUCUGUGAUUAUUUACCAAACAUGACAAACUUAUACUUGCAGAACAAUCGUUUCAAAAGGUUUGAUUUUGAGGAUAUAGUUAAUUGUACGGCUCUGAAAAUGUUGAAUAUAUCCGGAAAUCAUUUGACAGUAGUACAAGGAGAAGCAGUUGGACUAAGAUCGAUCGAACAUAUUGACUUUUCAAGAAAUCAGGUGAAUGUUUUGAAUACCACAUUCAAAGGCUUGCAGAAUUUGAAACAUUUGCAUCUACAAGAUAAUGUGCUAGACCAUUUAGUUGAAGGUCAGUUUGAAGGUGCCAGUAACUUAGUGUACGUUAACCUGGCCAAUAACAUGAUACACAAAACAACAAACUUUACGAAAGUGUUUACAAUGGUUAAUCUCACACAUCUUCAUUUAGCUCAGAACAAAAUAACGAUACUGGAAAACGAAUCGUUUACAGCACUACGCAAUCUAGAAGUUCUUGAUCUAGGCGGAAAUACCAUACACACUUUAAGAAAUGAAAUGCUGGCGGGUUUAUCAAGCUUAAAGCAACUUAAGAUUGACAGUAACAGGCUUGAAGGAAUUGUAAACAACACGUUCGGUGGUUUGGCAAGCCUAGAGAUUUUGAAUAUUGCUGGAAGUAAGUUAGCUAGCUUGGAGCAGCUAAGUUUGAAUGGUCUGAGCAAACUGCAAGAGUUAAACCUAAAUGACAAUGCCUUACAAAGGUUGCCUGCGGGUGUUCUUCCUUAUCCGACAUCCCUUAAAGUAGUACGGCUUGCGAAUAACAACAUAUCAACCAUGGGAACACAGAGAUGGCCGCCACUAAAGGAGUUCUAUAUUCAACAAAACCACCUAACGGAAGUACCGACGGAUAUCAACUUCACGGACAUGCAAAUAUUCAAUGCUUCCUACAACAAUAUUGCCAGUUUUUCCGGGGCUCUCGAAGUUAUGAUUACCAUAGAUAUGUCACAUAACGUUAUAACAGAAUUAUCAUAUGCGUUAUUUAAAAAGUUUAAAGAUUUAUCGUAUAUGAACUUUGAACAUAAUUUGCUGGAAUUUAAUCUCCAUGUAGAUAUGUUUCCGGAUGCGCAUAAAAUAAAAUAUCUGAAUUUUGCACAUAACAAGAAUAUUUCGGUACAAGGACAUAUCUUUGCCACGAAAUCACUGGAAACAUUAGAAGUUUUGAAUUUAUCUGCAAAUGCUUUGCACAGCUUAACAGCGCUGUCAGGACCUAACUUUGAGCAAUCAAGUCUAAAAAUAUUGGACGUCUCCAAGUGUCAAAUCUCCAGGAUUGCAGGCGACACGUUCACUGGGUUGACGAAGCUCGAGCACGUGGACCUACGUCACAACAUGGUGGUCACUUUCCCGCCACUGUUCUCCGGCGGCUGGACUAUCUAUGAUCUUCUUGACAAUCCGAUCACGUGCGCGUGCACCAUGACCUGGCUUGCAGAACCAAACGUCACCGUCGGAAAUCAUAACGUCUCCGUUGGAAACUUCAAAAUUCCAAAAUGUAAAGUCUACACAGAAAAUGCUACGUAUUACCCGCAUAAUUUGAGACGUCAUCAGUUUAUGUGUCCGGAAAAUAAUACAUGUGACACUAAAUGCGCAUGUUUUAAGCUAGUUCAAAAUGGAGACGUGCACUUGGUUAAAUGUAGAAAUGGACUUCAAGAGGUGCCAGUGUUUAUUCCAUCCACAACGAAUUCAUUAUUCUUGGACGGAAAUAAUUUCACAUCCAUUACCGCUCUGUACCCUUUGUUUAACUUCACCGCUAUGAAAACUGUUGAACUAUACAUGAACGGUAGUGAGAUCCAAACAGUCAUUCCAGAUAUGUUUAAACCCUUUACAAAGCUUGAAAUACUUAGCUUAGCGUACAACAAGAUUGUCAACAUUCCCCCAGGUCUCUUUAGAAACAACAACAUCUUACGUCAGUUGUACCUACAACACAACGAAAUCCGCUCAAUAGAAGUAGGGGCGUUUCAGGAUCUACCGGGCCUAAAGGAGCUUGACUUGAGCGGGAACCAUCUGACUGUCCUGGUGCCGGCAACCGUCCGCGAACUGCUGGCACUUCCGGCCUCUCAGUACUACUUCCUGGCGGGGAACCCCUGGAAGUGUGAUUGUAUGGCUGUUGCUUUUAAGGAGUUUGUUGACCAGGAGCGCGCCAAGAUCAGGGACAGGAGAACGCUUGGCUGUGACAAAGGAAAGGAAAUGGUUAACGUUCCGAAAUCAAAAUUCACGUGCAGCGCUGAAGACGAAGGAUCCUUUGGAGGUAAAUCAGCGAUCAUCGUUGGGGUCAUAGCGGGGAUUGCGGUGUUCCUUGUCGUCAUGGCAACUUGUUGUUACUUCCGGAGGGAACUAUUUUCUCUGCUGUUUUUCAAAACUGGUUGUCGUAUUCCCGGUAAGAAACGUGUUUCCGGAAAGCACUUUGACGUGUUAGUAAAUUAUGACCCUACAGACGAGCAGUGCGCAGGAUAUGUACAAAGAAUACUUCUUCCGAAAUUAAAGAAUAAUUCCUACAGUAUUGAAACGUCCCAACAUGUUAUACAAGACUUCGAAGUUACCAAGAAGCUUUUGGAGGACAGUCGUUGUUCAAUAUUUGUGAUUGACAAAAACUUUUCUUCCAACGCUUUCUUAGGCCAAGUAUUUUUAGCUGCUGAUAAGCUACAAAAGCACACGAAAGGACAUAGCGUCAUCUUACUGAUCCACGGGGACAUCGAUUUAAUGGCAUUAGAACCGGAAGUGAUGUCACACAUGCGCAAAGGCGACUACAUUACGGCGAGAUCGAGGCUGUGGUGGGAGAGACUUGUUUACGAACUUCCGGACGCGACUUCCGGUUUCAGGCCACGUGCCGAUACGGCCGAUGAUGAAGACGUGGUUGUAUUUAGUUCUCUCGCGGAAGAUCAGUAUGAACAGAUUUAGAAUGAAAAAUUAUAAGAUUGAGAUUUCACCCCCCAAAAAAUAUAAAUGUUCUUAUUUAUGUUUUUGCUUCAUCUUCGCUGAUAAUGAUUUUGCACAAAGCUGUAAAUUCUCUUGUUGAUUUAUUAUUUUUGUUGCUUCUUUUCUGAUAAAGUUUUUGCACAAAGAUGUAUAAAUCUUGCGAUAUGAUAUGUAUUUAUCAUGUUUGCUGUAUGUUAUGUUUUGCAGAUACAAGUUUGUAAUUUACUGAUUUAGUGAAAUAUGUUGUAGUUUGUAUAUUAUCUGUUAAAGCUACACUCUCACAGAUUGAACGUUUGACAACUUUUUUUUUCUUUUUUUGUAUUGGAACGAGCCAAUUUUUGCAAAAUAUCCAUUGAAACCAGUUAAAUGAGAUUGCUGAGAAAAAAUUAGAACAGAUUAUUUAUACUUCAGUUCAAAAAAUGAUGUUUUAUGCAUUAUACUUAAACCGUUAGUAACGGUUUAGACCAUAACACAUUAAUUUUCGAAUGGAAAUAUGAAAAUCUGCUAUUUGAUUUUUUGUCAGCAAUCUUAUAUCAUUGGUUUGCAGAUUUUUUAUCCAAAAAUUUGCUCUUUCCAAGACAAAAAAUAAAAAAAGUGGUAAAAAUGGUAAAUCUGUGAGAUUGCAGCUUUAAGGAAGGUGUGUUUCUGUUUUCAUGCUGGGUCAUUCUUUAGCUAAACUAUUCAACCAAAUGCUAUGGAUAUUUAGUUAAUGUAAAAGCUUUAUUCAUAAUAUCAUCGUUGUAACAUACACGUUGUACGUCAUUAUAUGCCAUGUAACUUAACGAUUUGUAUAUAAUGUUUAUAUUGCCCGUGAGCUUCGCCAUGACCAAAGUUGAAUAAAUGUCACGAACGAUGAACGUAUUGUAAUCUAUUGUUGCUAUAAUUGUUUGGAAAUACAGUAAAACGUCUGCUACGCGGUAUGAACUCUUUUAUUUCGAAACAUUUAGGAGUAG